ACUGCUUCCAUCCACCUGGAUCACGGCGGUUUAAGGCAUCAAGGGGGCUUCAUGACGUGCACAUGACAUGGCCCUCUUUCAAAGGUUGCGCUGCCUUUUGGGGGAAAAGAAGAUACCCGAUGGAGCGUCACCCCGACGUCGGGCGAGAUGUUUGCCGGCUGCUGAAGGAACACCUAGAGAAGGGGCAGAAGGUGAGAAACCGCAUCAUGAUCAUUACUGUGAUCUCCAAUCGACUGUUACCUCACACGAGGAGCCCAGACAGGAGCUGUAGGCUCCGCAUUUUACGGAUCGCCAGCAGCUUUCGAGGCAAAGGCGAGCCAGGCGAGCCACGCAACCCACGCAACCGCCCCGGGCCGCGAGGCGCAGGUCCCGCACGUGCGGGAAGGGCAACGAGGGGGCGUGGUCUGCGGAGCGCCGGCAAAAGCUACACCUGCGCGUGCGCGCGCGCCCGCUUUCCCAUACCUCCGCGAGCAGGUGCCAGGAGCGUGCGCGCGCGCUCGAGCCCGCCCGGCCGCCCCGCAGGAGAAAACUUAAGUGUGAAAAGUCCAGUGCGUCGCGUUCCGGCGCCUUUUCCACGCGGAGCUGCAGAGCGGGUGUGGAGUGACGGGCAAACGGCUGCAGCAGCAGCAGCAGGAGGAGGAGGAGGAGGAGGAGGGAGACGGAUCGACCGACCGACGGACCGAGCGGUGCUGCAGCAGCGGCCGAAGAGCCUUAAACGCACAACCGCUGCUGUGCUGGAACCACGUCCACGGCCGAGGCUACUGGCCUUCGGAGCGGGAGAGAACAUCAUGAACUCCGUUGCAGACUACUAUGCUGGGAAGAAUGUUCUUAUCACUGGGGCCACAGGCUUCAUGGGAAAAGUACUGGUGGAGAAGUUGCUUCGUUCCUGUCCUGAGGUCCAUGCUCUCUACAUCCUGGUCAGGCCAAAAGCAAGUCAGUCAAUGCAGGAGCGUGUCAAGAACAUGAUGAAGUCUAAGCUGUUCGACCGGCUUCGUGCCGCCAGCCCUGACUUCCAUCGGAAGGUGAUUCCUAUCAGCAGCGAGCUCAUGCAGUCCGGUCUGGGCCUGAGCCCCGAAGACGAGGAUGGGCUGAGCGCCCGCAUCCACGUCAUCUUCCACUGUGCUGCCACCAUCCGCUUCGAUGAGCCCCUCAAACGUGCCCUGCAGCUGAACGUGGCUGCGACAAAGGAGCUGUUGCGCCUGGCCCUGCGCAUGCAGAAGCUGGAAGCAUUCGUGCACAUUUCCACAGCAUACGCCCACUGUCACCAUCGUCACAUCGAUGAGGUUAUCUACCCCCCGCCCGUGGACCCCGGCAAGCUCAUUUCCUCCCUCGAAUGGAUGGACGAUAGCAUGGUGGAUGACCUCACGCCCCACCUGCUAGGCGAGCGGCCCAACACCUACACCUACACUAAAGCGCUGGCCGAGAGCGUGGUCCAGCAGCACAGCGACAAGCUCAACGUCGCCGUGGUCCGGCCAUCCAUCGUUGUAGCGAGCUGGCAGGAGCCUUUCCCGGGCUGGAUCGACAACUUGAACGGUCCCAGUGGGAUUUUGGUAGCUGCAGGCAAGGGCCUCAUGCGCACCAUGAGGGCGGAUAAUCGCGCUGUGGCCGACAUCAUCCCGGUCGACGUGGUAAUCAACCUCACCGUCGCCGCUGGCUGGUACACGGCCACGAAAAGACCGGCAUCAGCGCUGGUUUUUAACUGCACUACAGGUGGUCUCAAUCCUGUUCGCUGGGGGGAGAUCGAGUACCACGUGAUGUCAACCUUCAAGAGGACGCCGCUGGAGAAAGUUUUCCGAAGGCCGAACGCUCACUUUACGUCCAGUCAUCUAGCGAAUCAGUACUGGAUCCUGGUCAGCCACAAGAUUCCUGCGGUGCUGUUUGACCUCUACCUGCGCUUAUCGGGACAAAAGCCUCGGAUAAUGAGGAUCUUCCACAAACUCCACAAGGCUGCCGGACUGCUGGAGUACUUCAGCAACCAGGAAUGGCAGUGGAGCUCAGACAACGUUGACAUGCUUAUGAGGCAGCUGAGCGCCGAGGACCAGCAGGUCUUCAACUUUGAUGUUUGCCAGUUCAACUGGCCAGAAUACUUGGAGAACUACUGCAUGGGUACCAAGAAAUACAUCCUGAAUGAGGAUUUAGCAGAUCUCCCAGUGGCUAGGCAGCACUUGAGGAAGCUGAGGAACAUCUGCUACACUUUCAACAUGCUGCUGCUGGUCUUUGUCUGGCAUAUCUUCAUUGCACCCUCUCAGAUAGCCCAUGACUUGUGGUCCUAUGUGGUGAGCCUCUGCCUCAAGCCCCUGUCCUACUUCGACUCAUCCAGCAUUCUCCCCAACUGAGAGGGGGCUGGCGCCUGUCUAUGUUCUCACCUUGUGCACAAUCCACCUCCAACUCCUUCAGGAACAGCAGCCUCCUAGUCGCAAAGCUCGCCAGACGAAUGGGGUUUUCACAUUCCGUGAAAUUAGACGCAUUACAAGCAGGUUGGACUAGUAUUGCGGGAAAAGAUCCAAAGUUUUGGUCGUAUUCCUUUGUGUUGCGUCGUUACAGUGAGUGAGCUAGCAUGCAUUCCAGCACAGACCCCUCAUUCCUGGGGGGUUCCCUGGAGCUGGUGCUCCUGCAGGACACGGUGAGGCUGACAAAGGAAAGCGAUCAUCUUGCCAGGGCAUAUAAUGCAGGAAUACAUGUUUUGUGUGGCGAAUAUGGGAUGGCUGGGGAAAGACUAAAUUCGGAUAGAAAGGGAGGGGGGAGGGGGGGGGCUCAAAGAAGUGGUGAAACUUUGACAGUUUCACUCAAGCUACUUUAGACGUGCAGCAUUAUCUUCCAUGACGACGUAGCACCUGGCUUCUGACGUUUCCAGCUGGAUCUAUCACUGUACUGAAACACUGCGUUUGCUUUGCUUAAUGAGACGCCUCAUCCUUUCACAGGUGAAAAUGUGUACACUUUGAGUCCAGAUUGUUCGACACUGUCGGUGUGAUAGGAAAUAAAGUACGUGUAGUUUUUGGAUGCGCUGAAGAGUGAUAUACUUAGGCAGUGAACUGAGUGCAAGUUGUAAAAGUAAAAUGACCACAGAACAGGAAAAGUGCCUUUGUACCAAAUCUGUAUGAAAAUUUUUUUCCCCCCCAGUUUUUCAUUUUGUGGAUCCAGGUUACACUAUAUUUUUGUGUGUGUGUGAGUGACCUUAUAAGGCUGAGUGGGGAAACUUCUGAACUUCUGUAAUACUUUGGACUGUAUUUGUGCAGUGACUCAUAUUUUGACACAAUAGUACGAUGCUCACAGCCAUUUAGAUUCUCUCUCGAUGGUAACACAGGUAAAGUCCACAAUAACUAUGUAACGGACUACUGAGGCAUUAUGUGGUUAUCAAAAUAUUUCUGAAGGAAAAGAUUUUUAGUAGGUUUACAGAAACGGUUGCUGAGACUAUUGAAAUUUUAAUGUUUUUACGGGAUAACAAUGUACAACUCUACAUAUGUACUGCAGUAUGUAUACUCGGUAUUUAAAGGUAAUCUCACCUGACAGACAAUAUGAUGGAUAUUGCCUAUUGGCUACUCUUAUUUCACAUUUGGAUAUUGUUCAAUGAAGGUGAGUGUUAAAUGUGGUGUGGUUUAUGCAGUUAAAUGUGAACAAUGACAAUAAAGAGUACAAACUCCUUGAUCUGUGCUCCGUUAAAAUUUAAGAGGGGACUU